AUGAUGCAGCGACUCGUUGACAACUUCCUCGCUGUCACAAAAGAGUCUGUGAAGACCGUUACUUACGAGUCAUUAAGUAAUAUACUGAGGCUGAUAAAUGGAUUAUCUGCACUAUUGUUGGCUAUAUUGCCCGGGAAAGCUAAUAUUCUUGAAGGAAUUCAUGGUUGGGAGCUCAAGCCAACUUUUCGUGGACCCAAACUUCCACGUUGGAUGGAGGAUGGGGUGUCGUCUUUUAACCACUUCAUUCAUGAACUGGAUUAUGAUUCAGCAUCAAGUGUAGAUUAUUCAUCUGGAGAUGACAUAGAUGAGUAUGACGAUGAUUGCAUAUAUCCUGCAACUCCAUUAUCGGCAAGGUGCCAUAUCUCCAGAGCAAGCAGCUUCACCAAGCGUGAAAGGAGUCGUGCACAUUGGAUUAUAUCCAUAUUAAAGUUUCUUCUGAUACCAUUAAGAUUGAUUCUGUGGAUACCCGUUUAUGUGUAUAAAGCCAUUUUUCAUAGAGGUGCAAGGAUACAUACUACCAACCCCAGAAGGGUGCAGACUUCACAUGCUGCCAAGAAAGCAUUGGAUCAUGUUGUUCAACGGGCUACUGACAGACGACGCGGUGUUAUAGAGGAUCUUCAUCUAGGAAUAGAGAUUUUUAUAGAAACCAUAUUUGAUGGUAUUCACCAUGCAGCCCGAUGUCUUCUUUCUCCAUUGGACUCUCUCAGGAUGUUACUAAGAUGGUCUUCUUCUUCUUCUAGUGGUAGUGGAAAGAUUCCACGUAAUGAUCCAGGUGUCUCUGUUGUCACUUCUACUCUCGCUGACCCUGAUCCUACAGUGACGGAAAAGAAAAGUACUUUAAGUACUAGGCUGAACAUAGAUGCUCGGACAUGUCGAGAUGUCAUCACAGAGCUUGGGUACCCGUAUGAAGCCAUUAAUGUUGUAACAUCUGAUGGAUAUGUUCUCCUUUUGGAAAGAAUUCCAAGACGUGAUUCAAAAAAAGCUGUUUAUCUGCAACAUGGUGUAUUUGAUUCUUCUAUGUGUUGGGUGUCUAAUGGAGUGGUCGGCUCUCCAGCUUUUGCAGCUUUUGAUCAAGGAUAUGAUGUUUUUCUUGGUAAUUUUCGUGGCCUGGUUUCCAGAGAACACGUUGACAAAAAAAUAUCUUCACGAAAGUAUUGGCGUUACUCCAUCAACGAGCAUGGAACCAAAGAUUUACCGGCCUUAAUAGGGAAGAUUCACCAAGUGAAAACUUCCGAGUUAAAAUCCUCCGCCAAACCCGACACCGAAGAACCAAAUCCCGAGCAACCGUAUAAACUCUGUGCCAUUUGCCACAGCUUGGGAGGAGCUGCGAUUCUUAUGUACAUCAUAACGCGCCGAGUAGAAAAAAUUCCGCACCGGCUAUCAAGAUUAAUCCUUUUAUCACCAGCCGGAUUCCAUCAUGAUUCACCGUUUUUUUUCACAGUGAUCGAGUACUCAUGCCUUUGGUUGGCUCCUAUCUUGGCACCUCUGUUUCCCGGCUUGUACAUACCAACGAGGUUUUUCCGCAUGCUGGUCAACAAAUUGGCUCGGGAUCUUCAUAAUUACCCAGCUGUUGGCGGGCUGGUCCAAACCCUGGUGAGUUAUGUAAUCGGUGGCGAUUGCUCCAACUGGGUCGGAGUCAUGGGGUUACCUCAUUAUAACAUGAACGACAUGCCCGGCGUCGCUUUUGGAGUCGCUCUUCAUUUGGCUCAGAUGAAACACGCUCGGAAAUUCGUGAUGUUUGAUUACGGGAGUCGUGCGGCUAACAUGCUGGUGUAUGGUGCACCCAAGCCGUUGGAUCUUGGGGAACACUAUAACCUGAUCGAUAUUCCGGUGGAUCUGGUUGCGGGGAUGAAAGAUAAGGUGAUCCUUCCAUCGAUGAUUCGAAAACAUUAUAAGACGAUGAAAGAGGCGGGCGUAGAUGCGUCUUAUAAACAAUUCGAGUAUGCUCAUUUGGAUUUUACGUUCUCUCAUCGUGAAGAGCUUCUGGAAUACGUGAUGUCGCGAUUGCUGCAAGUUGCGCCAGGUUCGAAGCCGAAGGCGAUGAAAUUGAAGCGGAUUGAAACAUCGUUGGCUAAAUGA